AAAACCAACAGCCCAAGCCCUUCCCUCUAGAUUCUGGGCGGAAAAAGCUGGGAGGGGUCCCAAACAGCGCCAGGAAUAAUACCCGCUGCCCCCAUUUUCGAGGGGAUCACUCGCAGAAAUAAGCUAUAAGAGGUCACUCGGGUCACUGCUUUUCGAUCCCUUACGAAGUAAAUUCACGGCCAACGCUCUCCCCUCUGCCUAGAUUCUAGGCCGAAAAGGUGGGAGGGGCUUUGCUUUUUUCGGCCCCCUCUGAAAUGGAUUUACGGCCAAAGCCCUCCCCUCUACCUAGAUCCUGAGCCAAAAAAGCUGGGCAGUGUUUUGAUUUUUAUCCCCCCUGAAAAAAGUCCACAGCCCUAGGGCCCCCCUCUAGAUUCUGAGCUGAAAAAGCGGAGCGGGAUUCUUUUCCUUUAUGGUCUCCGCUAAAAUAAGUCCGCUGCCCUAUUUUUCUGCUUAUGAAUUGCCACCGAGAGCCCACGCGCGUAGCCUAGUAGCCUGUCACCACGCCACCCGCGACAAGCGGCAAGGUAUGCCAAGGAAUGCGUGGACACCAAAGGCGACCGCUGCGCCGGGGAGUGGCCUCCUCAGCGGAGAGCGCCCACACCGAAGAGGACCCGCGCCGGAUACCUAUCAAAGCGGGCCAGGGCCUUGAAGGAGUCCCGAAGCUUGUGGCAGAGCCUUUCCACCUGUUUCAAACUUCUCCAAAAUGAUAGGCGCGCACGCGUGAAAUUUGUCAAAUUUGUCCAGUUUGGGCGGCUCUCCGGUUGCCUUUGCAGGGGCGAAGGGGU